GCAGCAUUAUUCCUUCUUUGGCCUCGGCGGUUCCUCGGCACUGGUCGGGCUAUUGUUGUGUGUCUUUUGGGGAAACCCUGACCCAUCAGCGGGCGGUGAUUUGUGGAUAUUAUAACUGGUUUGCUUGGCUCCCUCUCCGCCAUAUUAAGCAGCUUUUGUCAGCUGGCGGCGUGUCCCGGUUUUUUAAAGGAAUAUAAAGCAGCCCAGCGGAGGACUUUGUGCUGGGGAAGUAGUUAAUCGGUACGGGACGGACGGACGACUGAGAUUCAACGUGAGGAACCGCUUCUUUCGGCCGUCUCCACUUUGUCGACGUGAAACAAAAACGUGGAGUAAAGAAGAAGCUCACAGGACGCAUGUAGCCGAAGUAAAACACUGCAAACGUCGCAUUCAAGGCUUGACCAUGGGUUGCGUCCGGAGUAAAGAGGACAAGGGCCCGGCGCUGAAGUACCGACCCGACAACCCGAACGCCACGCCGAUCAACACCCACCUGGGCCACUACGGGCCUGACCCCACCCUGAUGGGUCACUCACCAGCUAUGAAGACGCACAACAACAGCUACAACAGUCACGCUGCCGCCCUCACGCCCUUUGGUGGGGCGUCUUCCAUUAUGACGCCGUUUGGCGGGGCCUCCUCCUCCUUCACCUCAGUGGCUGUGAGCAGUCCCUUCCCCGGGGUGAUCCCAGGUGGUGUAACAUUUUUCGUGGCGCUGUACGACUAUGAAGCGAGAACGACGGAUGAUCUGUCAUUCAAAAAAGGGGACCGCUUCCAGAUUAUCAACAACACGGAAGGCGACUGGUGGGAGGCUCGCUCCAUCAACACCGGACAGAAAGGUUACAUCCCCAGUAACUACGUGGCACCAGCCGACUCCAUACAGGCGGAAGAAUGGUACUUCGGUAAAAUGGGUCGCAAAGACGCUGAGCGGCUCUUAUUGCUUCCAGGGAACCAGCGGGGCACUUUCUUGGCAAGAGAGAGUGAGACGACCAAAGGUGCCUACUCGCUGUCUAUCCGGGACUGGGAUGAGGUGAAGGGAGACAACGUCAAACACUACAAGAUCCGAAAGCUGGACAACGGUGGUUAUUACAUCACCACUCGGGCCCAGUUUGAGGCACUAAAGAAGCUGGUGAAACACUACACAGAACAUGCGGACGGUCUGUGCUACAGGCUGACGACCGUGUGCCCCACGGUGAAGCCUCAGACUCAGGGACUAGCUAAAGAUGCCUGGGAAAUCCCACGAGACUCACUUCGACUUGAAAUCAAACUUGGCCAGGGCUGCUUCGGAGAAGUCUGGAUGGGCACAUGGAAUGGCACGACCAAGGUUGCGAUCAAGACCCUGAAGCCAGGCACCAUGUCUCCAGAGGCCUUCCUGCAGGAGGCUCAGAUCAUGAAGAAACUGCGGCAUGACAAACUAGUGCCUCUCUACGCCGUGGUGUCGGAGGAGCCCAUCUACAUUGUAACUGAAUUCAUGGGCAAAGGUAGUUUACUGGACUUCCUGAAGGAGGGAGAUGGUAAAUACCUGAAGCUGCCCCAGCUGGUGGACAUGGCUGCUCAGAUCGCAGACGGCAUGGCCUUCAUCGAGAGGAUGAACUACAUCCACAGGGACCUGAGAGCUGCCAACAUUCUGGUGGCCGAUAACCUGGUGUGCAAGAUCGCAGACUUUGGCCUGGCUCGACUCAUCGAGGACAACGAGUACACCGCCAGACAAGGUGCAAAAUUUCCCAUCAAGUGGACGGCCCCUGAAGCGGCUCUGUACGGCCGCUUCACUAUCAAAUCAGACGGCUGGUCGUUUGGUAUCCUACUGACUGAGCUGGUGACCAAGGGCAGAGUACCAUACCCAGGGAUGGUGAAUCGAGAGGUACUUGAGCAGGUAGAGCGGGGUUACCGCAUGCCCUGCCCCCAGGGGUGCCCCGAGUCCCUCCAUGAGAUGAUGAGGCAUUGCUGGAAGAAGGAUCCAGACGAAAGACCGACCUUCGAAUACAUCCAGUCGUUUUUGGAAGACUACUUCACAGCCACGGAGCCACUGUACCAGCCAGGAGACAACCUCUAGUCUGGGGGAUUCUAUGGGGGGAGGGGCGGCAUCAUAUGGAGGAACGUCAGUGAAGAACAACGCUUGGGAUAACGUAGAACUUCAACAUGGGGAAAAGCCUUGAUGAGGCUUCAGAGAAAUGGGUUUUAAGGCGACCAACUAGUUGCCCUAAACCACACUGGUAUGUUUGCUAGAGCGGGAAGAACAUGUCUUCUGCAGUAGAGGGUUGUCCCCCCGGUGGCAAAUAUGUGGGGGAGUGUCCAACUGUGCAGAUUGGUGCUGAUAUGUGACACUGUGGGAACACCGCUAAUCAGAAUAAUUCAUAUGAGAUGGCCACAACACUGUGAUGGAAAUAAGAGGGAUUGUCUUCUAAUUUAAAAUCAAUGGCUUCUUACAGAUUACUUUUUUACUUUCUUUUUUUUUUGAUGGUACAUUUCCCCUCUUUCCUCCAAGUCUCCCCCCUUUAUUUUCUUUCACACACAGUUCUUUGAUAUUGGAGUCGAGAUCUUUUUUAUGCGCAAGUUUGGUUUGAAUUUGUAAGUUGAUGGGUUAUGUUUUCGAGGCGACCAACAACCCGGGGUUGAAUUGUCAAGUAUGCGUCUGUAAGGCGUUGAUAGAGAAGGUGUGAGGUGAAGUACAUGAGUACUUUGUGGAUGGACGAAUGUACUGAGCGAUCGAUGCGGAUGUACAUAAAGUAUGUGCGGAAAGAUGUAUUUUUAGCACGUGUGAGCAGGGGGAUGAAUGAGAAGACCGUGUUAAACAUCUUACAAAUUAUAUUUAAUACGGUCACUUGAAUGGCAAAUCACGUUGACUUUAUUAUACUUUUUCAUUCUUUUUUAAAUUUUUUUUAUUUAAACAGGGACUUGAAAUCAUAUUUUGAUAAUAUACACGUGCGGAAACAUUUUUCCUGUUUAACAUUUUAUAAAUGUUUUGACAUUUCAGCUGUGAAAAUGAAAAUAGCAUCUUGUCUUUUGUUUGGUGCACAGUUCUGAUUGCUGUAACGUAUUUCUUCUUGUGUCGCGCACAUCGACAGUUCAACGUUGUAGAACCUGAUAGAUGGUCUAGAAAUCUGUGGGAUCUAUUACAUUCACAUCAUCAGGUAAAUCAUAGACGCAGCUGUUGUAUUUCUUUCUUUUCUUCUCAGUAAAAUUCCACCAAGCUAUGACUUAACACAAUGUCAUUGUCCUGUGUCUGCUGGAGUUUAAUCCAAAGCAAACGACAACAAACUAAUAUUUGAACUUGUAAAUGCAACUAUGCAAAAUCAACCAGUGAUCUUUUAUGGAACAAAAAGUGUGAAGCGGUAUUUGCCUGUGUCGAGUUUCCCUUUGUGGUUUUCUUACCGCCAUUCCCAGUUGUAGAGACGAUGGAUCACUUCUGGAGUGAAGUAAGUAGAACGAGACAAAACAAACGGUUUGCACACACCAUGUCGGGGAUGUAGAGCGGACGUUGAGAUUAUGAGUCUAAUAACACGUUCUUAGAGGUACUUUCACUGUCGGUCCAGCAGUAGGGGAUGGAACAUCUGAGGAGGUGUCAAGGCAUCGCCUCAUUGUCAUUCAAUAAGUGAGCUUAAUUGGACAAAGAUGUGAACUUUUUUUUUGUUUGUUUUUCUGUGCGUCACUCACAAGAACCUAAUAUGUGAUUGUUCCUCAAGAUGGGACUUGAACUAGUGGGGAGAUGAUAAUGAAAUAACUGAGAAUGCUAACUAAUAUGAUUUUGUACAGAAAAAAAUAAAGGUUUUACUCGACGGUU